GGCGAGUGGUGUGGAUAUGGGACGAGCGGGUGUUCCCCUGGGCGGUUUGGGCUGCGGGUCAGGACUGAUAGGGCGUCGUUAGACGGGGUUGGAAAUGGCACAGAUGCCACUGCCAGUGCAAUCACUGAGAGAGUUGUGCCAGAUAUGCAUCUCAGCCAUGAUCCCAGUGCAUACCUGCAUUGUGGGGAAAAGUCUGCUGCAAUAUCUCUCACCAUCUGAUAUGUUAGAAGUUGUUGACAGAUUCAUGACACUCCAUGGACGUCAGGUGAAUGUGAAUCCGUACGAGCUUCUGCUGCCCACGCCGUCCGUUCUGCUGCAGAUGCCUCAUCUACGGGUCAAGCUGCACAAAAUUUGUGGGCGUGCAUCACGAGCCAAGGCCUCCAAGAGCGCCAGGGAUCUGGUGCUGAACAGUAUCCCUCCAAAUGACUCAGCGCAGCUGGGCGUCUCAGGACUUCUCGAUCUGGGAGCGUUCCUCUGCGAGACGGGCUGGUACGACGAUGGGACGGACAUUCUGAGAAGCAUCAGCAGCAUUGUUAGAGCGGACACUUCUCCCCAGCACUCCAUCAUUGCCCUGGACUGUGCCCAGAGGUGUCUGAACGCGGCGCUGGCCUGCGGCCGGGUGGAGACCUCGCGCCGGUUGGCGGACCACGUGCAGCGCCUGAUGGUGGGUCAGCACGGCGCGCUCGCCGCCUCCGCCCUGCUGGCCCUGGCGCGCUUCAACAUUCUGAUCGAGUCUUGGUCGGAGGCGACGCGGCUGCUGUGCGCGGCCGCCGACGUGCUUCCGUCGGCGGCGGCUCUGGACGACCUGCAGCCGGAUCCUGAGAGCAGCUGGUACCUGGACAAGAUGAUCGUGGAGUGCCUCUGGAUGGACGAGAAGAUCCCCUCGCUGCUGGAGACGCGGAACGGCCGCGGGCACGCCCAGGUGCUGAGCCGCCGGAUAGUGCAUGUGCUGGACUUGGCGGCCGUCCGCUGUGAGGACAUGUUCGGCGGUCACAGUCUGCGGCUGUCGCGCAUCCUGACCGAGCAGGCCCGGCAGUACUUCAGCUCGGCGCUGGACGGCCUGCUCGACCUCGACGAGAUCACGCGCGGCUGCCUGUACGCCUACUCGUCGCUGCGGCUGCUGUUUCAGGCCGAGGCCAUCUUCCGAAGCGCGCUCAAGAUCUGCUACCACAGCGGUCAGCGCCAGCACCUGGACCUGGUGGAGCACUGUCUGCGCGGCCUCUCCUCCAUCUACGCGCAGCACGAGGACGUUGCGCGGUCGCACAGCACGGCCGAGCUGCUGGAAACCGUGAUCUCGCGCCUCGGUGUGUGCAGGUCAAGUGCCAGCCUCGUGGCUGUACCUGGGGCUGGGUACGUGAUUGUGAUGAUGCUGUGA